GUUACCAAACAGGCGCUUAAAUGUCAUUGCGAUCAGCUGUUGUGUUUUAUUGUGAUAUUUCUUUCCAUUGUUUUGUGAUGACAAAUAUUGUUCCUCUUAAAAUGUAAGUAUGCAUUCUUUUUAAUUGUUAUAAAUUAAGUAAAAUGUUUGUUUUCAUUAAGGUCUGCAACACAACACCAAAUAAAAGUAAUAUCCACCUUAAUGGAAUCUCAUCCCGAGCUGGCGAGAUCCUACAAUGCCUUGUCAAGCUCUGGGCGAACAUCCCAAAAAUUGUUAUGGGAGAAGCUGCCGAGGUCCCUAAUCGCAAGUGGGCCGCCAACAAAAUGUGUUGCAGAGUGGAAACGAAUUUGGACGCUUCGGAAAUACAAAACAAAAAAAAAGCUGACUCAAAACAAAAAAUCAAUUAAGAAAACUGGUGGUGGCCCAUUUGAUUUAAAGCAGCUAGAUGAAAGCGAAGAAGCUAUUGUUGCAGCUUGUGGGAUGGAAGCUGCAGUGACAGGCAUUGUAGGAGGCCUUACGUUUGGCACCACCGUGGACACACAAGAAAAUAACAAAACGGAUGCUGAUGACAUCGAAAAACUUUUGGACGACUUAACAUCUUCUCCAGCAAAUCGAGUCUCAGGCGAAGUCUUACGAGAGACUUUAAAUAAAGCAUGGACUACCCCAAAAAACACACCACGAAAAGACAAGUAAGUGGAUGAUGUUAUUAACAAGCAACUCGACUUGGAAGAAAAUUUCUUUUCCAAACAAUUGGAAGCUCAACAUAAAGCCAACGAAACCCUUGCUGAGAUACGAGAUGAUAUUUUGCAACUCGCAUAUAUCCGGGAAAAGGAGUCUGAAAGAGCUAAUUUUCUUAAAAAAGAAUAGUUGGAAAUAAGAAAGAAAGAGUUGGAGUGGAGAUUGCAAAAAUUGCCAACGACUUGAAGCUAUUAGAGCUUAACAAGACUGUGUUUUCUGUUAUGUUGUGUAUUUAUGAAGUUUUUUAUGUUGUGUUUGUGUUUUGGAUUUGAAAGUUAGCUAUUGAAAAGAAAAUAUUUUCUUGAGAUUGUUUUUUUUUUAUUGAUUUCGCUUAGCAAAAUUUGUAUUGGACUA